GGCCCCGCCCAGGUCCCGGAGACUGGCAGGUCCCGGGCGCCAGAGGCUCUGGCCAACUCCAGACACCUUGGCACCCAAAGAAGCCGGUCGUGCAGCGACGCGGCUUAUCCCGCCCAGCCAUGGACCGGAAGGUGGCCCGAGAAUUCCGGCAUAAGGUGGACUUCCUGAUUGAAAAUGACGCAGAGAAGGACUACCUCUACGAUGUGCUGCGGAUGUACCACCAAACUAUGGACGUGACUGUGCUUGUGGGAGAUCUGAAGCUGGUCAUCAAUGAGCCCAGCCGCCUGCCGCUAUUUGAUGCCAUCCGGCCCCUGAUCCCACUGAAGCAUCAGGUGGAAUAUGACCAGCUGACCCCACGGCGCUCUAGGAAGCUGAAGGAGGUGCGUCUGGACCGUCUGCACCCCGAGGGCCUUGGCCUCAGCGUGCGUGGUGGCCUGGAGUUCGGCUGUGGGCUGUUCAUCUCCCACCUCAUCAAAGGUGGCCAGGCAGACAGCGUCGGGCUCCAGGUGGGGGAUGAGAUCGUCCGGAUCAAUGGCUAUUCCAUUUCCUCCUGCACCCACGAGGAGGUCAUCAACCUCAUCCGGACCAAGAAAACCGUGUCCAUCAAAGUGAGACACAUUGGCCUGAUCCCUGUGAAGAGCUCUCCUGACGAGCCCCUCAAAUGGCAGUAUGUGGAUCAGUUUGUGUCAGAAUCAGGGGGCGGGCAGGGCAGCUUGGGCUCCCCUGGGAAUCGAGCAAACAAGGAGAAGAAGGUCUUCAUCAGCCUGGUGGGCUCCCGGGGCCUUGGCUGCAGCAUUUCCAGCGGCCCCAUCCAGAAACCCGGCAUCUUCAUCAGCCAAGUGAAGCCUGGCUCGCUGUCUGCGGAGGUGGGGCUGGAGCCGGGGGAUCAGAUUGUGGAAGUCAAUGGCAUUGAUUUCUCCAACCUGGACCACAAGGAGGCCGUGAAUGUGCUGAAGAGCAGCCGCAGCCUGACCAUCUCCAUUGUAGCCGGAGCUGGCCGGGAGCUGUUCAUGACGGAUCGGGAGCGGCUAGCAGAGGUGCGGCAGCGGGAGCUGCAGAGACAGGAGCUGCUGAUGCAGAAGCGGCUGGCCAUGGAGUCCAACAAGAUCCUCCAGGAGCAGCAGGAGAUGGAGCGGCAAAGGAGAAAAGAAAUUGCCCAGAAGGCAGCAGAGGAAAAUGAGAGGUACCGGAAGGAGAUGGAACAGAUCGUGGAGGAGGAAGAGAAGUUUAAGAAGCAGUGGGAAGAAGACUGGGGCUCCAAGGAACAGCUCCUCGUGCCUAAAACCAUUACCUCUGAGGUGCAUCCAGUUCCCCUUCGAAAACCAAAGUAUGAUCAGGGAGUGAAGCCUGAGUUCCAGCCUGAAGACGACCCGGAUGGAGGCACAGAGGAGCAGGGAAAGCAGAAAGGAAAAGAUAAGAAGAAAGCCAAGUAUGACAGCUUGCAGGAGUUAAGAAAGAAUAAGAAGGAACUGGAGUUUGAGCAAAAGCUUUACAAAGAGAAAGAAGAAAUGCUGGAGAAGGAAAAGCAACUAAAGAUCAAUCGGUUGGCCCAGGAGGUAUCUGAGACCGAGCGAGAAGACCUUGAGGAAUCCGAAAAGACUCAGUACUGGGUGGAAAGGCUCUGUCAGACGCGCCUUGAGCAGAUUUCCUCUGCUGAUAAUGAGAUUCCAGAGAUGACCACAGGGCCCCCGCCUCCCCCACCCUCUGUGUCUCCCCUGGCCCCACCCUUGAGACGCUUCGCAGGAGGCCUGCACCUCCACACCACUGACCUGGAUGACAUCCCCUUGGACAUGUUCUACUAUCCCCCCAAGACUCCCGCAGCCUUGCCUGUGAUGCCCCACCCUCCGCCCUCCAACCCCCCUUCCAAGGUCCCUGCGCCCCCUGUGCUUCCGUCCUCGGGCCACGUGAGUGCCUUGUCCUCACCCUGGGUGCAGCGCAAUCCACCCCCCAUUCCCAUCCCUCCUCCUCCGUCCAUUCCCACCCAAGACCUCACCCCUGCCCGCCCACUGCCCGCGGCGCUUGAAGAGGCACUGGGCAACCACCCGUUCUGUGCUGGGGACGUGGGCAGUGGAUCAGAGGACUGGGAGGCAAAGAACCACGGUGGGAAGCCCAGCAGCUCCCCUGGCCCUGAACGGAGCCUCCCGCCCGCCACAAAGACAUUUUGCCCAAGUCCACAGCCUCCGCGGGGCCCUGGAGUGUCCACCAUCUCCAAACCUGUCAUGGUCCACCAGGAGUCCAACUUCAUCUAUAGGCCAGCUGUAAAGGCUGAGGUCCUGCCGCAGGAGAUGUUGAAGAGGAUGGUGGUUUAUCAGACAGCAUUCCGACAAGAUUUCCGAAAAUAUGAGGAAGGCUUUGACCCCUACUCCAUGUUCACUCCAGAGCAAAUCAUAGGAAAGGACAUUCGGCUCCUGCGCAUUAAGAAGGAGGGAUCCUUGGACCUGGCCGUGGAAGGCGGUGUGGACUCUCCAAUUGGGAAGGUGGUCGUCUCAGCUGUGUAUGAAGGGGGAGCAGCUGAGCGGCAUGGUGGCAUCGUGAAGGGGGAUGAGAUCAUGGCGAUCAAUGGCAAGAUCGUAACAGACUACACUCUGGCUGAGGCGGAGGCUGCCCUGCAGAAGGCCUGGAGUCAAGGCGGGGACUGGAUCGACCUUGUGGUUGCCGUCUGCCCCCCCAAGGAGUAUGAUGAUGAGCUGACUUUCUUCUAAAGUCGAGGGAGAGAAAACAAUUUCAUCCCUAGAAAACAUGAGCCCUGGACCUGCCCCUUCAACACAAAGCCUGCUGUCAAUCUUGCAAGUCCUCCAGCAGGUGUUCUGAAACCCAGAGCAGAGUGGCACCCAGGAAUUUCCAGCCCUGUGGCCCAGAACUACAGCUGGAUAAGGAGCACCUCAGGUGCUGAAGACCUGCACAGCAGAGAGGGAGCAGCCCGACCCAUGAUGCUGGCCUCUUCCGCCUCAUACAGGACACCGGUCUCUCUCUUCUUUCCACCAUCCAUCCCUCUAACUGGUCUCCUGCUGUGAUUACUGCCACACACCACACUCCAAGCUCACUGAUGAAAUAAACAGGUUUCUUUUCCA